AUGUCUGCUCAAGACGAGUUCAACAGCCUUGUUGCCAACAACCAGGAGAAGUUAUCCACUCAUCCUGAGGAUCGAGAUAACUCUGAUCGCGACUCCGAGCCUGCCUCUGACAACGACACCAACCACGACGACCACGCACACUUCUCAGACUCGGAAGACUUUGACGGUACCGCCAUGGGUUCACGGACAACCACAUAUCAGGUCCCCAGGACCAAGUUCGACGCCAACACUGGGCCCAAGGGCGUCAUUGCUGAUGCCCAGGCCUUCGAACGUGCACGCAAGCGCUCCUUCCGCAGAACCCUACUCGGUGCCGCGGGAAUGGACUAUACGCAUCAUCGUUCCAACUCCAAGUCGAUCACUGAUGAUGUCAAUCUUCUGCAGAACUCGCCGCCGGAUGGCUCUGCCAGCGAAGACGAGGAGCAGUUCAUGCGCAAGUGGCGCGAGUCGCGCAUGCAGGAGCUGCAGAACCGGAACCUACGACGUACCAGUCCCCGGAGGAAGAUGUACGGGUCCGUCGAGACGGUGGAUGCGGGGGGUUAUCUGGAUGCUAUUGAAAAGGUCUCCUCGGAUACGGUCGUGGUGGUGUGUGUGUAUGACCCUGAGUCCAACGUCAGCUCCCUCGUGGAAGACUGCCUGGAUACCAUUGCGCGCAGGCAACCAACCGUCCGCUUCAUCAAGCUGGACCAUGAGAUCGCCGAAAUGGACCACAUUGACGCCCCGGCUCUGCUGGCUUACAGAGCAGGUGACGUCUUUGCUACUAUCGUUGAGAUUAUGAAGCAGAUUCCCAAGGGCCGGAGCUGCAGUGCAGACAGUCUGGAAGAUCUACUCAAGUUAUACCGGAUUCUGUAG